CUUUUGGCUAAAUUUAGAUUUUUCUUGAAAUCCGGAAGGCGAAAAUGGCUGGUGGCGUCACCCUUUUCAAUUUCAAUUGACAAGAUCAUUCACGUAAAUACGAAACUGACCUGUGUACCAGUUGUGUAUCUGGCUAUAGACUAAGCUACAUCACCCACCUACAGCCAUGGCUACAGAAGAACAGCCAGAGGCUCCAGUGCUGUUAAAGACAGAUUUUGUGUUUGAUGAGGUACCUAUUGGCAGAGGAGGAUUUGGUACAGUAUACAGAGCCAAGCAUAAAGACUUCGGAAUCGUGGCCGUAAAAACUCUCAUUGAUAACGGAUUGCUUCCUCAGAAACACAUCCGUAUACUAAUCAAGGAAGCCAAGAAACUCUCACAAGUCUGUGGCCAUACAUCAAUACUUAAAUUGUUGGGAACUAUCAUGGAAAAAGACAAUUAUUCUCUCAUUCUCGAGUAUAUGGCACUCGGGAGUUUGGUGGAUUUCCGCAAGGAGUUCAAAGUUCAGUGGCCGGUGGUAGGCCGCAUAUUGAUGGACAUAGUGUCGGGGAUGGAAUUCUUACACACACACGAUCCGCAGAUUCUUCAUCUUGAUUUGAAGGGAGAUAAUAUCUUACUUAAUGGACAGAUCCGCGCUAAGAUAGCAGACUUUGGCUUGUCAGAGUGGAGGACAAUCACAAUGACGGUUACUCGAGGGGCAGAUGCGACCAGUGGCAGUAACCCUAGUGGUCGGAGGUGCACAGUGACCCACGUCCCUCCAGAAGUUUGGUCGAACGUGAACGCGCCGUCCAGUACCCUUUUUGACAUCUACAGUUUUGGAAUAGUACUUUGGGAAUUACUAAGUGGUGGAGUCCCUUACAGAGGUGCAUCAGAUGACUUGGUGCGGUCAGCCGUCUUGAGUGGACAACGUCCAGACUUCUCCGUGAUCCCUAAGGACUGUUCUCCCAAGUUUACCCAGCUGAUGACCAGAUGCUGGCACCAGAAAGCAGGCCAGCGUCCACCAUUUACAGUGAUCAAGAAAGAAGUUGAUUCCAUAUACAGUAACCAAUAUGAAAAAGACAUCGUGAAAGCUUUGAAGAAUAUCAGGGCUGAGAUAGUCGAAGAAUAUGAACGUGAUGACCCUGUGUACACACAAACUGCCGACAUAGACAACAUGCAAGUUCCAACAUUUACUGUCCCCAAAAUACCAGUGGCAACAAACAGAGAUGAACCAGUUCGUGCUGCAACUGAAACACCAUCAACCUCGCGUCAACCAUCACCAGGAGCUAGCUCAAACAGCGAGACAGUUACCAUGGAAACAGUCGAAGAGGACGAUGACACACCUGUAGAUGUAAAAUUAUUCAAAGUCGAAGACAAUCUGGACCCAAAGGAGAGGAUGAUGCGGAAAAUUAUACAUAAUCCAAUUGCAAUGAGACUUGUACAUUCGCCUUAUGCUAAAGAAAUAUUUCGAAUCAGUGACGAUGUUGUCAAUGAUCUGCGUAAUCCAAAGAAAGUUGAGCGUUUGAUUCAAAGCGAUUUAGCCUUGCAGUGGGAAUUAAAGUUUGCCAAGUUUGAUGUCCAAAGAGAGUUGUCUGGAAGGCAUUCCAAGUUACUUCAGCUAAAUAAUGAAGUGUACAAUGAGAUUCAUAAAGAGGCUCUCUGUAAGGAUCGUGGGCGAACACAUCGUAAGACAAAUUAUGGUUAUCGAGAGUACCUAACCGAGGGACAGAGAAAGCGGGACAGACGGAGGGCUCGGGUGGAGGAAACGAUGAACAAAAAUCCUAAUGUAGGCGGCUACAACUCUGGAGGGAACUACUUCCGCCUGAAGAGGGCGCUGGACAACCCUUCCCAGCUGCGACAGGCAAUGAAAGACAAGGAAAACGGGACAACCGGUUCAUCUUUAGUCACCAUUGACAACGAGAUCUUUGACCUAAUGAAGGAUCCCUACCUCCUGAUUGGUGUACUGUACCAGGAGCAUGAACUACUUUAUAAGCUAUCAGAGAAUUACCCAGACAUGUUUCUGAAGAUGUUACAGGGAUUAAACGGCUACUCCUCUUACACAAGCUGUUACAGCGAGAACCAGUCCAGAAACCGCAUGCGUAUGCUUGAGAUGAUGCGUUUCCGCGACAUGAGAGGCCCCGAGGACCUGAUGAUGAUGAUGGAGAUGGCUGGACCAAAGAUGCGAAAGAACAUGCGACGACACCCCAUGCAUGACAUGGACGAUGAUGACGAGGAUAUGCAUAUGAUGAUGAUGAGAGACAUGGCGAUGAUGAAUGACAUGAAGCCACAUCAUAUGGACGAAAUGAGAAAGAAGAUGAGAUACCCCAUGCACAGGAUGGAGAUGGAGCGAAUGAAAAGGCACGAAGAAAUGGGCAAAUUCUCGAAAAAAGACUCUAAAUCAAAAUCUAUAUCUGACUUUCCACCUGGUGGUGCGUCAAAAUCGGGUGGAAUGGCAAGGAGCUCUUCUUCAGAAGAAGGUUCUAAAACAAAACUGGAUAGUGAUGGUCUGGAUGAAGAUGGUCCUAAGUCGAACUCUCUGGAGACGGAUGCGGCUCCACCUAUGGGGAGAGUCGAGGGUACAGCUGAUAUCCUUCCAUGGGCGAUAGCACAGCCGGCUGUCCGACAGUCAACAACGCCUGUCCAUGCUCGACCACAGACAUCCAGCAGUGUUACCAAGCCUAGUUCACCCAGCAGCAGUAGUAAUGUAGCGACAGCGACAGCUACAAGUACCCCAGCAGCCACGACCAGUGUAUCCUCAGCAGGCAACAAUGUUGCUAGCCUUGGAUCAGCAUUGACAGCAUCAGCGGGGUCAGCGGAAAUUCAUAACCCGAUGGAGGUUGAUCCCUUUCCCUCGCUAUUGACCCUAAAAGACAGCACAGCUGGCCAUGGACUGAGCCAGAUGUCGGAGACGAGCCUGAAACAAGUUUAUAAACCCCCAAGUCCUGGGGCAGCCUCAAGUGCUAGCAAAGUCAACCCCACUCCAAAGGAGUCGAGUCAAAGUACAAAAGUCUCCACCCCCGAGGCUUCUGGGAGUCGCCGUGCCACGGAGACGCAAGUACGUCCACGCCCCCAAGCUACCAACACUACCCCACCACCAUCUGAGCCCAAAAAGGCAAAAAUUACUGGUCACGAAAGCCUAGAUCAGAAUGUUUCCAUUGACGCUAACCCAAGUUUGGAGUCUGUCUUUACCGAACCAUCAAAAACGACAUAUUCAACGACAAACACUGGAAAAACACACACCAUUCUACACGAACGACCAGGGUGCUCUACCAAGAUUACCUUUUCUGCGGAACAGGGAGCAAACUCCCCUAACAUCCAGGUUGGUGAUGAGAACGUCAUGGUUGUGAAUAGCGGGUCAGGAAGAGUGAAGGUUCCUUCAGAAAAAUCUGCUGCCAAACAAGUCCCAGCAAAUCUCACCAAAUCAACAAGAAAAGCGACACUUGAUGACUUUGAAAUAGUCGCUGAAAACAUUGGUACCAAUACACGUCAACUCUCCAGGGGUCUCAACAUUAAACUUCCCAUCAUGGAUCAGAUUGAAAUCGACUUUAGAUCGGAGGGAACCUACGAAGUAUGUUUCCAGAUGUUAAAGAGAUGGGUGACAAUAGCACAUAGGGGGGCUACGGUUGCUAAACUAGCGCAGGAACUCAGCAAAAUCGGAAGAAACGACAUUGCAAACCAGUUGCAGUGAUAUCUGUGAUAGCUGUUGAAGUAUUCAAUACAUUGUUUAUAUAUAGAUAUUCAAUAUAUAGCAGAUAUGCAAAUGCAUGUUUUUACGUCAUUCAUCCCUGAAGACACAUUUGAACUCUUCCAAUUCAAAAGUUAGAAUAGUCCAUUAUGAGAUUUCAGGGGUGAAUGAAAUAAAAGAGUUGUAAUUACUUAAUUAAUUAUUAUCAAUAUUAUGCUCAAAUUUAAGCUGUAGUUAUACAUCAAGAAAGUGUACCUUUAAAUUACUAGAUGGUAUUCAUUUUCUGUACCAAACGAGUUUCAUACAUUUCAACCUUUCAUGUAUCUUUAAUAUGAAUGUUAAUUAGGAAAUUUUCAAUGAAUUCAUGAAGACAAAAAAAGAUACCCAAGAAAGCAUUUAUUGAUAAAACCCAUGUAAAUCUGAAGGACAAGAUAAUGUUGGUAAUAUGUUCAAAGGGAGGUAACUCACAACACAAGCCACCUGUCUAGUAAUUAUGUUUGGUGGGAAAUUCUUACCCAGUCAAACUUUCGCCUGCCUGGUCCGAUGUUAAUUUUGCUCUACACAUUUGUUUAUUUUGUGUUUACUAUGUUGUUUACAUAAUUCAUGUUCACUGUACUGAUGAAUAUGCUCUCUCAUUCAGAGGGUGAAAAACUAUAGAAAACUUUUAUCAGUAUACCGUAGCUUAUACACCAAAAUCUCUUCUUGGCGACUCUCUGAACUGUUGUUGAGAACUCCAUAGGAGGAUUUCUGCAUCUUGUUGCUUUUAUGUUUGGCUUGGUUACCUGGUAAACAUGUGUUUGAUGACCAACAUCAGAAGCAUAUUCAUUUAUCUUUGCAAAGAUAAUCUGGAUAAUAUGUUUUCAGCAAAUUCGAUACUUUCAUAUUUCUUGAUAAAAAAUAAAUAUGUUUUGAACAUAGAAAAUCUUGAACAAUACAUUUAAGUGUAUAUAAUUAUCCACUUGAUAUUGGUUUUACCCCAGGGUAUUGUUUAGCAUUACACAGAAUUGUAGUACAUAACAUUUAGACGGUUGACAGAAAAUCUACUAUAAAUCAAUUAAAAUCUCUUAAGUUCAAAAACAGAGAUGUACAACUAAUAUGGAUUCAGUAAUUUAUUGACUGAAAUACUGUCCAGUACCUGGCAACUGCCCCAUGUAGGCCUUGAACCCACAACCCAGUGGUGGAGGGCUAGUGAUUGUAGAUGGUCAGACACCUUAACCACUCGGUCACUGCAACCCUUUAAAUCAAAUAUAUCUAAAUCAUAAAAUAGAUUCACUCACAACAGGUGAAGGAGCAAUAAGUUGUUCUUGUAGUUUAUUAGAAGUGUCGACCGGUUUCACCCCUUCAGUGGGCUUCUUCAGCAUCUAUUUGGUGAUGUUCUCACUUUUACUCAAUCCCCUUCGUACUUUCGGGUAUCCAGACGAGGAGCAAAGGACCAAAUUAUUCCACCAUUAAGAAAACCACGGCAUUGGCUCUACCCUAGCCUUGUUUUAAAUAUAUAUACAUGUACAACAUGUUGUAUAUUAUGUCUGCUGAUAAGCACAUGCAUGAAUGUUCCUUAGUGAAAGUUUAUACGAUAUCUACGUAUGUUUAUCAAGCUUUGGUGACGUUAUUCAUCUUACUUUAAUUCAUUUGUUGAACCUUGACUCAAUAACUCACAAAAGAUUUGUGCAGCUUUUUUUCACCCUGUAUAAUGUUCUGAACAUAUUAAAAGCUUCUCAGCAUCUUAUUAAUUUAAUAUGCUACAUGAACAUUAGCUUCUUCUUUUUUAACUUUGUAACCUUUUUUUGUGCCAUAUAUAUUGUUUUCAUUUAUUUGUGUUAUGUGUGAUUGUUGAAUACAUUUUGGUAUGCAUGAAAUAAAUUUCCUUGAGGAAAUUGUCGAGAGAAAAUGGUGAUUUUAUUAAUUAGGUAUUUUUAUAUUCAGAAGUUAUUUUUUCACAACAAAGCUAUUUAUUCAUUGAAGUGUCUAUCAGUCAAUUGGAGUAACAUGACCAGAGUACUCUCAAAAUGAUUUCCAUGUUUUUCGCAAAAUACAGUACAGUAUUGCCAAGAGGUCAGCUAGUGCAGUGAAUAAUGCACUGACCUUUCAUCAAGGUUGCUUGGGUUUUAUUCCUCGAUCAGGCGUGAGAUAUAUGGGGUCACCUGCCUGACCAUGUUGGUCCAGUUUCCUCCCACACCAAGACCCCCUGCCCACUAACAUCCGGGCCAAGAAGGGUGAUUAUCAUAAGUUGAAAAAUGUUGUAAAAUAGAGUUUAUAUAUUUAAUAUCCCCAAGUCUGAUUUUGUCCUCUCAAAGACAGUAAACUUGUAAUCAAAUGAUAUAUAUUCUCUGUACAUGUAAUGUUUGUAAAUAUCAAAUACUGUAUACGGCAAUAUUUUCACUCAGUCAACCUUUCGCCCUAAUCGCCCAUGACAUAAAUGUUCACCCCGCAUUAAUUCUGGCUUUUACACGUUAGUACGUACUAUAUAUGUGUAUCAUGUUGUUACUCAUCUUUGCUUUAACCCUCUCAACCUUAGGUAACUUUAGUAGACUCUACCAUGUGUCUAUUUGGAUGAGUCCAUUAGGGUCUACAGUGGUGAAAGGAUUGAUGAUAAAUUCAAAAAGAGGGUGAAAAAUGUGAAAAUUAAACUGCAAUGAAAAUGUCCCGGUAUACUGUACUUACAUAUGUAUUUGAAGUUUGUUUAAAUAGACAUGGAUACAUAUGUAUCUGGAAUACCCCAAUUAUCUCAAAUCAUUUUGUUGCUCCGUAUUUUAAAUCAGAUAUCUAUUAUACCCCAGUAAUGUUGACAGCUUUGCUAUACAUGAAAUGAUUUCAGUGUUAUAAGGAUUUAACCACAUUGAAGAAUCAAAAUGAUUUAAAUAUAUACCUGAAACUUACCUGUGUCAGGAUACAAUGUAUGAAGUCAAUGCUGGACUUCAAGUACAAAAUGUUCUUGAUGUGUGAAUAAACUAACUCUUUUAAAUAA